GUGGUGCUGGCGGGCAGCCGGCGCCGCAGCCCCCCUUCCCGCCUGGUUUCAGGCGGGGAGGGGGUGCCAGCCCCCGUCAUGUCCCUAAACCGCCGCCGGUUCCCCGCCUGGGAGGCGGUGGCCGGGCCCCGCUUCUCUCGGGACGAGGCACCUGAAGCUGCCCAGGCCGCGGCCUGCGGGGGGCGGCCGCCGUCCCGCGCCCCGCCAGCGCCCGGCUGACGUCUGCGGGCCGCGGCCCCUCCCUGCGGCGGCCGCCGGGCCCCGGCCCCAGCCCACCCCCUCUCGCCGGGGACCGGCCGCCUCCGGCAGGGCUGCGCGGCCCGGGAGGGGUCUCCUCACAGCCCGCCGGGCCGGGGCGCGGGGGAGGCUCGCUCUGAGCCUGGCCGGGAAGAGCGGAGGGGCCGGGGCGGUGGGUGGCUUGGCGUCGGGGAGAGGGAUGGAAGACAGCCUGCCCUGCCUGGCCGCUGCCUGCGACCCCUCGGCGCUCGUCGGCUUCUGCACGGAUGACAGCAUCUCAGCUGCGAGUACGUCUGAUGUCCAGGACCGUCUCUCAGCCCUGGAGCUGAGAGUACAGCAACAAGAAGAUGAAAUCACUGUGCUAAAAGCAGCGUUGGCUGAUGUGCUAAGGCGUCUUGCGAUCUCUGAAGACCAUGUAGCUUCUGUGAGAAAAUCAGCACCAAGUAAAGGUCAGACAAGCCUCCGAGAAGCUAUCUCCAUGUCCUGUAUAACUAACGGGAGUACAGGAAGCAGGAAAACAAGCCACAGUUCCUCUGUUUCUGUUGCCAGAAAAGAAACUUUUUCAUCUGCUGCAAAAAGCGGUACAGAAAAAAAGAAGGAAAAACCUCCAGGACAGAAAGAAAAAAAAGAGGAAUCUCAUUCUAAUGAUCAAAGUCCACAAACUCAAGCAUCACCUUCUCCCCAGCCCUCCUCACAGACUCUGCAAACACACAGGCAAACUCAAGAAAGCAAGAGUUCUGCUCCAGCUAAAAGCAUAAAGAAAUCCUUGACUGCUGAAAAACCUCACAGUGCUUGGGAGAGUUCAGAUGACAGUCGUAACAAGCUGCUGAGAGUAGCGUCAACAUCUAAAUUAAUAUCAAAAGUGGCAAAGAAUGCAGACAAGCACAAAGAUGUCAUCGUCAGCCAAGCAAAAAUGUCAACUCGUGAAAAAAACAGCCAAGAGGGAGAAUAUAUCAAGAUGUUCAUGCGAGGGCGACCAAUCACAAUGUUCAUUCCUUCUGAUGUAGAAAACUAUGAUGAUAUUAGGACAGAGCUGCCUCCUGAAAAGUUAAAACUGGAGUGGGUAUAUGGGUAUCGUGGAAGAGACUGUCGAGCCAAUGUUUACCUCCUUCCUACCGGAGAAAUUGUAUAUUUCAUAGCAUCAGUGGUGGUACUAUUUAACUAUGAGGAGAGAACUCAGCGACACUACUUGGGUCAUACAGACUGCGUUAAAUGUCUUGCAGUUCAUCCAGACAAAAUUAGAAUUGCAACAGGACAGUUAGCUGGAGUGGAUAAAGAUGGAAGGCCCCUGCAGCCCCAUGUUAGAGUAUGGGACUCGGUGAGCCUGGUGACGCUGCAGGUUAUCGGCCUCGGGACUUUUGAACGUGGAGUGGGGUGUUUGGAUUUUUCCAAAGCGGAUUCUGGUACUCAUUUGUGUGUAAUUGAUGAUUCUAAUGAGCAUAUGCUCACCGUGUGGGAUUGGCAGAGGAAAUCGAAAAUAGCAGAAAUAAAGACUACAAACGAAGUGGUUCUUGCUGUAGAAUUCCAUCCAACUGAUGCAAAUACCAUAAUAACAUGUGGCAAAUCUCAUAUAUUUUUCUGGACCUGGAGUGGCAAUUCAUUAUCAAGGAAGCAAGGGAUAUUUGGGAAAUAUGAAAAACCCAAAUUUGUUCAGUGUUUGGCUUUUUUGGGCAAUGGUGAUGUGCUCACUGGAGACUCAGGUGGGAUAAUACUUAUAUGGGGCAAAACUACUGUAGAAUCUACUCCAGGAAAAGGACCUAAAGGAGUAUAUCAGAUAAGCAAACAAAUCAAAGCUCACGAUGGCAGUGUGUUUACGCUCUGUCAAAUGAGGAAUGGGAUGCUGCUAACUGGAGGUGGGAAAGACCGAAAGAUCAUCCUGUGGGAUCAUGAUUUGAAUCCCGAAAGGGAAAUUGAGGUUCCUGACCAGUAUGGAACAAUCAGAGCAGUAGCAGAAGGAAAAGCAGAUCAGUUUUUAGUGGGUACUUCACGAAACUUUGUUUUGCGGGGAACAUUUGAUGAUGGCUUCCUAGUAGAGGUACAGGGACAUACAGAUGAACUCUGGGGACUGGCAUCCCAUCCUUUCAAAGACUUAUUUUUAACAUGUGCUCAAGAUAGGCAAGUUUGUAUGUGGAACUCCGUGGACCACACACUGGAAUGGACCAGGCUGCUAGAUGAACCAGGGCACUGUGCUGACUUCCAUCCCAGUGGAGCAGUGGUUGCGAUAGGAACGCACUCGGGCAGGUGGUUUGUUUUGGAUGCAGAAACGAGGGAUCUGGUUUCAAUACACACUGAUGGCAAUGAACAGCUCUCAGUGAUGCGCUACUCAGUAGAUGGCACCUUACUUGCAGUUGGAUCCCAUGACAACUUUAUUUACCUCUACGUAGUAACAGAAAAUGGAAGAAAGUAUAGCAGAUAUGGAAAAUGCACUGGACAUUCCAGCUAUAUUACACACCUUGACUGGUCCCCGGACAACAAGUAUAUAAUGUCAAACUCAGGAGACUAUGAAAUACUAUACUGGGACAUUCCAAGUGGCUGUAAGCUAAUCAGGAAUCGUUCUGACUGUAAGGAUAUAGAUUGGACGACAUACACUUGCGUGCUAGGCUUCCAGGUGUUUGGAGUUUGGCCCGAAGGAUCAGAUGGGACAGACAUAAAUGCCCUUGUCAGAUCCCAUAACCGAAAAGUGAUAGCAGUUGCUGAUGAUUUUUGUAAGGUCCAUCUCUUUCAGUAUCCCUGUUCCAAGCCAAAGGCUCCAAGUCACAAAUACAGCGCUCACAGUAGUCAUGUGACAAAUGUCAGCUUCACCCAUAGCGAUGGUCACUUGAUUUCAACUGGAGGGAAGGACAUGAGUAUUAUUCAAUGGAAACUCGUGGAGAAGGUUACCCUACCGCAAAAUGACAUUGUCGUAGACAUCGGUGCAACCAAAGUGCCCGUCCCUGCCAGUGAAAACGCUGUACAGUCUCCUGCACCCCUUCCACAGCCUUUUAAUGAAAUGAACCAAAACGAAAGUGUAACUGGCAGCUCUCCGGCUUCUUUGGAGAGCAACUUGGAGCAGUCUGCGGAGGCCAGCGAGGAGCAAAGCGAGGAGCAAAGUGAGGGGAGCAGCCUGGAUCCCGCCGAGCCGGGCUACGAGGAGCCCUCCAACGAGACAAGCGAGGAGCACAGUGAAUCCACGGUGACUGAAGAGCAGGCAGAUAACUCACCGGUGUCUUAACGCUCCCAGCUCAGGCGGUUGUUAUUUUCCCUUGGUGUGCGUGCUUUCAUUACAGGGUGAGGGUUCAAAUAGGGAAAAGUAGCUGAGAUUCAUGACCACUCCAGCUUUUGAGUUUCAGUGAGAUUUUUAGUCUGAGCUUCAGUUCAAUGUGUGGUGGAACCAUCCCAAGGGGCCUGGCUUGAUGGCGUGUGUCAAGAUCUGGUCACGGUUAGUAGUGAACAUUACCAUAGAUCCAUUUCAGUUCUGAAAUUGCUGUCAGGAAGUGGCAUGAAAUAUAUACUGGAAAAAAGGUUAGCUCUGAGAAUUAGCUGAAGUAGACCACCUUAACGAUGUGAAAGUGCUUUCUGAAAGAACUAAGCUGAUGGGAAGCGCUGAGCUGUUCCAGCUGGGGAGUACAGUGCUGCUUUUUCCAGGUGCAAAGACAAACCGAACAAAAAAGCAACCAAAAAGCUCUUUGUAGGGCUGUCUUCCUUUGUUUUUUCUUAAUGAGAAAAAUAGAGGAAAAACAAUGUAACGAUGCCACAUGUAUGGCAAUGCCUUCUUGAUCUAA